UUCAGUCCGCAGAAUGAACUUGUUGCUGAGGUUGUUUAUGUUGGACGUUUCUUCUUUUCCACCCACUUUUCUGCGUGUGGACUUUGACGAAUGUGUGUGAAAUAUCUGUCUUAUCAUCCGGAGACCAAGACUGAAGGAGAAGCGGAGGAACAAGCUAGGGAAAAGAGCGUCCUUGCUGCUCCGUUACCACCAUGAGUGCACCAUCUUCAGGCCGAAAGACCCCGGUGGAUUACGGCGUCCAGAUCCGCUUCAUCAAUGAUCUAAAAGACACCGGUGGAGGGCAGCCCGGGCCCCAGCCCAAGGCCAAGACCCAGAAUAAAUAUGGUGUCGCAGUGAGGGUGCAGGGCAUCGCCGGCCAGCCAUAUGUGGUCCUGAAGGACGGACAAAAGGGGGACUCGUAUGGGGUCCAGCUCAGGACCGAUUACCAAUCUGGCUACAGCAGCCUUCCCCGAAGGAGAGACAAGGCCGAACCAGGAACUGAGGGGGCAGAUGUAAGAGGAGGAGGGCAGGGAGGAGCUCUACGUCGGGCUCAGUCUCACGGGUCGCUGCUAGACAGAGAUGGCGAGUCGGGCAAUGGGGAUUUUCAGCUAUCUAGACCACCAGGGGAUGGGAAGUCUGGUAGUUAUGGGAACCUGGAUGCAGGAAUUGGAGUGAGAGGAGACAGAGAGCAGAACUGGUCUGCCAGUAACAGAAAUGGUAGCAUGGAGAGGAAUAUGUGGGGUGGUUCAUAUCAAACCGGGUUGGACAGAUCAGUGAGAGACAACCAGUCACACCCUGAACCUCCACAACAAGCAAAUCAUUCUAAUCAGAGACCUGUCAGCAGACAGAAAAACAGAUUCGAUGGUGUUAAUGCCGGCGGCCAGCAGAGAGGACGAGAGUCUCCUCUCCUCACCCCCAACGCCUACACCUCACCUCCAUCCUCAAAUCACAGCAGCUUGGGACGCAACCAGCCCACUAGACCCCGGGUUAAUCAGUGGACGAAAGAGGAAACUCCACCGGGGAGUCUGACCGAGACACAAGUGACCCCUGACCUUUUGCUGGACCAGGGUCACAGUGCAGAGAUGAGCAGUGAGGACGAGGAGGAGCAGAUCAUGAAGACGAUUUACAACAUCCUGAAGCAAGGGAGCAAUGACAGCGAUGUUAUUAUCCGGCACAAAGUCAAGAUCAUCUGUCAGAGGAUUGAGAACCUAAAGCCCAAAGAAAGCCCCAGAGAGGAGUGGAUUAGAGAAAAACGGGAGCUUGAGACAAAAGUGGCCAAACUACAAACUGCCCUGCAGGAAGAAAGGAAGGACUCCGUUAGCAAUUCUGAUCCCGCUCUGAAAGCUGAGCUGGAGUCCUGUCUGGAUGAAAACGUGCAACUGCAGGAGAUGCUGGGCCGCAAGAAAAAGGAAUUAAAUGAAACACAAUCAGAGCUGACUCAGCUGCGAAUGGAUCGAGAGAACGCAGAGACUCGGGUCAGAACGAUGGAGGACCAGCUGGCUGAGCUUCAAGAUGAACUGAGAAGAGAGAACGGCAACAAGACGGACCUGGUGUCCUGUCAAACGCAGCUGAUGGAGGUUUGCCAGCUGAAACAGAAGCUGGAGGAGACGCUGAGGCAGAGAGAGAGGGAGCUCACGGCUCUGAAAGGCGCUCUGAAGGACGAGGUGGCGACUCACGACAAAGAGAUCGAAGCCCUUCGAGAGCAGUACAGCGUUGACAUGGAGAAGCUCCGCAGCAGCAUGGACCAGGUGUCUCAGUCUCAUGCAGGAAUCGAGGCCGAGCGGCUGCGUGUAAAUGCAUCAGUUCGCACUUUGCAGCAGCAGCUGGAGGACUGCAGAGACGAAAGCAGCCACUGGAUGGAGCAGUUUCACGCCACCAGAGAUGAGCUGCGAACAACUAAACAAGAAGGGCCACCCGGCAACCCUGAAACACAACUCCUGCAAGCUCGUCUGGAGAAAGAGGAAUUUGAGGAGGAGCUGAAGGAGCUCCAGGAUAAAGUGAGCACCAUGAAACAGCAGAUGCCAGACCCCAGCCACGCACAGAGCCUCAACCAGGAGGUGCAGCGGUGCAACGCUGAUCUGCAGAAGACCAGGUCUGAUUUGGAGAAGCAGAGGACGGAGUAUGACAAGAAGGUCAUGGAGGUCAUCUCCAUAAAAAAAUCUCAUCAGGACCAGGAGGCUGAACUCAAGUAUGAAAUCGAUCGACUGAAGGACCAGUUACAGAGAGCGAAGGAUGACUUCAGCAAGGCACAUGAGAAAAAUAAACGGCUCCCAGAUCCAGCCACCAUUACAGAACUGGAGCAGAAGCUCGGCGAUGCACAGAGUGAAGCUAAGCAGCUCAAAGAGAAACUCUCAUCAGCUGAAGAUGAACUGGAGGCCAGUAAAACCCGUCUGAGUAGAGCUCAGAUCGACAUUAACUCCCUCCGUGACGCCCAGGAGGAGCAGGAGGAGGCCAACGCUCGUCUCAGAGAGAAACUCUCAAGAUUAGAGGCUCAGCUGCAGACCAACGCAACAGAGAGCUCAGAGGCGGAGCUCGCCCUCCACGCUGAGGCCAGAGGUCUGAGGUCUGAGCUGGACGAGGCCAAGAGAAAAGCUUCCAGAGUGAACCAGGAGCACCGUGAGCUCAGCCAGCGUCUGGAGGAUUCAGAGAAGGACAAGGAGGUGCUGAAACAGACCAUCAGCCAGCUGGAGGAGAGCAAACGGCAGCAGGAGAGAGCUCUGGAGAAACUCAACAAGGAGUACGAGUCUCUGACGGCCUCCUCCAGAGAGGAGACGCAGGUUCUCAGGGCUCAGCUGGAGGACCAGAGGGAGAGAGCUCGAAAGGAAAUGCAGGAGGCGCAACGUCAUGGAAACGACGCUCAAUCUGAGCUGGAGAGAAGCAACAUCAGUAUGAGGAGACUGGAGGAAGAAAUGUCCAGACAGAAGAAGGAGCUCCUGCUAGCUUGUGAGGAAAGAGACAACCACCAGCUGGAUAAAGAGCUUCUCACCAACAGACUGCGACACCUCGAGGGAGAAAUGGAAACCAGCAAGAACAGCCUCAAUGAGAAAAACAGGGAGAUUCGUAUCCUGGAGGACAAGCUGAAGCGUUUUGAGUUGGAGCUGGAGGAGGAGAAGAGCAGCGUGGAGAUGCUGACAGACCGAGUAGCGAGAAGCAGAGACCAGAUCGAUCAGCUUCGCUCUGAGCUCAUGCAGGAAAGAUCCUCCAAGCAGGACCUGGAGCUGGACAAGAACGCCAUGGAGAGACAUCUGAAGGAGUUGAGGAGUCGAGUGGCGGACAUGGAGGGUCAGUCUCGCUCCUCAGCUGGAGUCUCUCAGCUGGAAAACAAAGUCCAGGAGCUGGAAGAACGACUGCGCAGUGAAGAAAGAGAGAAAAACACAGUUUUGGGAUCACAGCGUCGACUGGAGAGGAAACUAAAGGACCUAAACAUGACGCUGGAUGAGGAGAGACACACACACAGCGAGCAGAGAGACCAGCUCGCUCUGAGAGUCAAGGCUCUGAAGAGGCAGGUGGACGAAGGCGAGACGGAGCUGGAGAGGAUAGAUGGACUGAGGAGGAAAGCUCAGAGAGACAUGGAGGAACAGAUGGAGCUCAAAGAAGCCCUGCAGGCUCGAGUCACAGCUCUGGAGACCGAGCUCAAGAGGAAAGCUCAGGCAGCGAUGCGUCCUGCUUUGGAUUCGUCGGCCCUGAGCUCGGACGACGACGACAGCCUGUACGACCCGUCCACCAUCACCUCCAUCCUCACUGAGAGCAACCUGCAGACCAGCUCAUGUUGAAGCUGCACCUCAGGGUGGGAAACACAGCCGGGGUCACACUGGAGGGAGGUUAGCUGCUCUGUAGGCGGGGAGUAACGUACUGGUAUGCACUACGGACAAUGAGGGAGGAGCGGGGAAGUAAAUCCCACAAUGAGGUUAAUGGGGGAAUGAUUUUCCACACCAGAGUGAAUGACAGGAAACGAACACAUCCUCAGCAUUUCAGGGAAUUUCCUUCAGUCUACGAUAUUCACAGAUGCUCUCCACGGUACAGUUAGAACAGCUAAAGCAUUUAAUUGGUCUCAAAACACUGGUGGCGUCUCUUUUUAUGCUAUUGUGAAGCUGUGUUGGCUUCCACGGCUGGUUAGAGGUUCCUGCUUUAAGAAAAGAGAAACUAAGACGCUACAGUCGGACUACAGUUCAGAGGCAAAUACUGUACUUUUUAUUCCACUACAAAAUGAUGACGUAUUAUUGUUGCAAAAUCCUGCAGUUAUGCCUUAUUAUUAGAUUAAAAUUAAACUUUAUUGCUCCCCAUGUAGAGGGAAAUCUACAAAAUCCUCACUUUUACCAGCUGCAGCAUUAAAUUAAAUCAUCAAUAAUUAUAAAACCUAAUUCUAAAAUGGAUCGCUUUGCAUAAAGAGUACUUUUAGUGCUUUCACUGUAGUAAAAAAUGUGAAUGCAGGACUCUUACUUGUAACAGAGUAUUUCUACACUGUGAUAUUAGUAUAUUUACUUAAGAUAAGAUCAGAUUAUUGCAGCUGUUUUUUUUUUGGGGGGGGGGUUGCACAAGUUUUGACACUAAUUGAACGGCAAACUAAUCCAUUUCAAUACAAAGCACUACACAGGGUACUACACAUGUAAAAUCUCAGUCAGUAGCUGGAUUACAAAGAGAAAAAAGAUAUUAAUAGAAAUACCUCUUACACUUUAUUGGUACAAAUUCACAGUCGGACCAUUUCGGGGUCAAGCACUUCUGUAAAUGCAGAAAUUCAGUAAUGUUCUCAUCAUAUCCUGGUGUAGGUUUACAUUUUAGUUUUCUAUGUCAACACCAGACUGAACUCGUGACUUCUUUAGUACACGCUGCACAGAAAUUCAAGAGAAGCACUUGAACCAGUUAAACUACAAACAACAUCACAUUUCAUUAUCAGUGUUGAGUUCAGUCACUGAUAUGACUGAAUGUGAUGGUUAAAGCUCUGCAGAUUGUUCUUACUGAAUGAAAUCUGGAUUUUGUUCACUGAAAAAAAAUCUAUAUUUUUGUUUAUAUUUUUAGAGUUUUUCCUAGAGCACUAGAGUCGACUCCACCGUCCAGUUUUUAAAGUCACAUAGACACUGAAUUAUACAGAAAAAAUAGCAUCUGAAGUGGAUUCUCCUCUGAAUUCUGCUUCCAAACUAAUAUUAAAUCAUGCAAGUGUGUUAGAAGCUUCACAUUGCUGUAGAGGAUUAUUUCAGACUUAGCUGGAAACUGUUUACUCGCUGUAUUUUAAGCAGUUUCCUGGUGAAGGUACGGCAGGUUUUGUGGUUUAUAAGUGAUGACAGAAAGCUGUCUGCUCAAAAAAAUGACUGACUUUAUGAAACAAAACGUUGCUUUUGGAUAUUUAAAUCAAAUUAAUGGCCAAAAUAUCUUCUGUCAGUUAGAAACUUCAGUGUAUUUCUAGAAGCUGCACAAUUUCUAUGCAUUCCUUUAUGUUAUGUCAGUAAAAUAUACAAUUACAAUGCCUUAAAAAUAUUCACAAAUCAUUUGUAAUUGACUUACUAUUCUAUGAUUUUUUUUUUGUAAAGUGUAUUUAACAUUUGUAGAUUUUUCAGAGCUGAUUUUGUAAACACUUUGAGCAAUCAGUUAAGUUGUAUUACAUUUUCCUGUAAUGUAAUGUUUUUUCUUUUCAGUGAAACUGAAAAAUGGUACUGAAUAUGAUUUGUUGUAAGUUUCAGUUUAAUGUGAAAUUUAAAGAUGUCAGUAUAUUCUAUAAUUGUUGACUGGAAAUCAAAUCACACUGACUGUACUUAAGAAAGAUUUAGAUUUUUUUUCUAUUACACAAUAGUUUAGCAACAAUAAAUCUAUUAAGUUAAACUGA